AUGGCCUUUGCCAGGAAUGGGACCACAGUCCCACCUGUGAUUGACUAUCAACCGCCCCCACCUAGAGGUAUGGGAGAAUGGACUGAUGUCUAUGAAUAUUUCCGCCAACGCAAUGCUCAAGAGCAAAUGGCGAAAGGGAACUCUGACAUUAUGGACACUGGCCCACCCAAAAACGGGAUGGGUCAACAGCGUGCUCCACGUCCACCGGUCCCGAUGUUCUCGUUCUAUGAUCCUCCUGUGUCCAGGCCUCAGGAUCGAUUGGCAACUGCAAAACCUAAUCCGUUGGCUAUGCAGUCUGUUGCAGUCGAUAGCGUCGGCGUCGACGAUCGAGUCAAGGAGCAUCUCAAGAAUGACAAUGGUCUCAAGGCUACCAAUACGCUGGUAUGUCCUGUGACGCAGCUUGAGUUGGCGUUCAAGGGGGGUAUUGCUCCCACUAAACUGCCACAGACUCGGACUCCGGUCACGGGUACGCCAGCAUCAAUCUCAUCCUCUCCCAAAGAGCAGGAUGGAGAUAAGCUGGUUGAUGCGCACAUGCUGCAGGACCUAGCCGCCACAGCCUCCUUUCCGGAAUUGACCCAGGAAGAAAAGUACCUUCUGGCAGGCACGGAUAUUGAAGAUCUCAUCGACUACGUUGAGUUCGAGUAG